UAACCAUUGGUAUAAUAAAGAAGACGAACUGUUAAGGUUAUAUAUUGUUUAUGAAGUAAUAUUUUUGGCUUUACUACUUAAUGUUAAAUUAAUAUAUCUGAACAAAUGACUGACGAGGAAGUAAUCAAGAGACGCCUCAUCUUCGACGGUGACGGUACGGGAGACGACAGGCGUUUCAACCUCCUGUUGAAAAUGAUCGCCAAGUGGGUGAACACUACAGAUGAAAGUCCCGAGGAAAACAAGCAAACGUAUGACAAAAUCCUGGUACAGCUGAGCAUAAUAGAGCACUCCCGAAGGCGGUCCGAGCUCGUCACCAAAUCGAACGACGAACAACUCAUCAAGUACCAGAAUUUGCAUGCAGAGUACGAAAAGAAAAUAGCAGAUAUCAAAGAGGAAAUAACGGCACAGCGGCUGGAGCUGGAGAAAGCCAAGACGAUCAAGCAGAACAGGAUCCAGUAUGACCUGCUGGCCAGGGACAUCGCGGCUGAGCCCCCUAGAAAGGAGAUGAACAAUCAGCUUGUGCAGCUGCAGAAGCAGCUCAAGGAGUUGGGCGAAGAGAAGAGGCGGCUCGUGCAGAAGUUGGACAACCGCAAGAAGCAGUUCCACGUUUUGUCGACUUCGGCCAACCAGCUUCAGGCGCUUUUGGACGAGGACGAAGCUAAAGGAGAGACUGAAAUGAACACUUCGCUGGAUGAUGUCAAUACCAACAGUCCGGAGCCUAUGUCUGAAUGAGAAGUUAUGUUAGGGUUGGUCAAGAGUUCUGAAUUUGUGAAACCUAGUCACAGAUAAAGACAGGUAGUUUGUUUUUGUUGAGUUUACACCACAAUUGGAAACUGAAAGAGUGAAAAGCAUAUAGUUUGAAACACCGAAGUAAAUUUUUCUACAAAGCACUAUAUCAAUAUUUAGUUUUUUCUGUAAAUAGAGUAAAUCGGAUCUCAUUUGGAGCACACAUUUUUUCUAGUUACUACUGUUUGUCACGUCAUAAUUGAAAGUAUAGACUUUAUAUUUCAUUGUUGGCAUCAUUGAAUUUGGGUCAAUUCUAACUAUAUUUUUCUCCAUUAGAUGGCGCCACAUAUACUUUUUGUUCGAUGAGGAGUGGUAGCUGGGUUUUUAAUUUCGAUCUAGAAGUUUUAAUCAGUGAACAGGUUCAAAUAUCCUCAAUUAUUUUGACCAACGACUUUUGACAGUUAUGAUGGGAUUCAUGACUCUCAACAUUGAAAAAUAAAACCCUGUCACGCCGUUACCCCAACUGAAUGUUUAGAAUAUUGAUUGGGUAAUUAAUACAUUAAAAAAAGCAAAUGAGACUCAAAAAUGUAUGUGAAAUAUAAGGUACAUUUUAUUGUUUUAGAAACUACAUCUCAUGAUUUCAUCUCCACAAACUAUUUGUUAACAUCAAAUAGUGAGGUGUAGUUUAUGAAAUUACUAUGGAUCUUCAUCAGGUAAUGGCCCAAAUAUUCAGAAAAAAAACAUUUUAUUGUUUUGAUUUGUUACAUUGUAAUAUUUUUUUUGUGCGAUUAUUAUAGACAUGAGAAACCGAUGAAUAUGUGUAAUAAAUUAUUUUUGGUAACGUGCAGUCCAAGAAACUACAACUACAUGAUGGAUUCCUAAUCAUUUUCUUGGAACUUCUCUCUUGAUCAACACUAUCGAUAAAAACGAUCUGAGAAAGGUACAGGAUACUUAAAUUUUGACAACUGACAGGCCCCCUCUGUGAAAAAUUAGAACUUCCGAUUAUCAUAUAUAUAAUUUGAUACUUGGGAGUAGGCAGAUGUACCAGUUUCUCAAAUUUGUUGAUGCCUUAACAGAGCAUCAUUAUUAAUUUUGAUCAUGUUGCAGUUAGAUUGACGAGUGUAUUUUGCAGUUUUCUCCACAUUUCAACAAGAAUGUUUUUUUUUCAAUUCGUAUCAGAAACUAUUCACAUAUUUGUGUGACUAGGCUAAUCUUGUGAUAUUAGUCAACUCUCGUCUCCAUAACAAAGAACUGCUACCUAGUUGUGUUUAUGGGAAAAUUAAAAAAAUGUUUUCCAUAUUUUAAUUUUUUUAAUUUUCAUAUUUUUUGAGACGAUUUGCUCUGUUUUUUCAGCAUAUGUGAACUCAAGGCAAAUGUUUCAGCUAGGAGAAUAAUCUUUGUAAUAAAAAAUGUACUAUUUUUAUUCCCAUUAUAUUCAAUAAUGAACUGCA